AAAUACUUUAUUGUGAAACAACUGCAACAGACAGAAUACAGAGACUUGUGAUAUAACAAUAAUAAUAAUAAAACAAUAAUAAUAAACCCCUCAAAAUAUAUUUUGGUAUAUUUUCCAUAAUAAACAAAUGCCCUAAUGUUAUUAUUAUUAUUAUUAUUACUAAUAUUAUUAUUAUUAUUAUAUUUUGUUAUUAUUAUGACACAAAAGAUGGAUAACCAAUAGAGUUAAUGAAGAAGAAGAAAAGAAGAAGAAAAUGAUGAUGGUUUGAAGUGAAGUGUUGAUGAUGACCCCAGCAGCCAGGGUGCAGGUAUCCUCUUCCUGUUUUGGUACACAUGUUGCCUAUAAUAAAUUCACUGUUUUAUUUGCACCAAAUAAAUGUUACAUAAAGGCAUAAAGGCAGUGGUGUAAAACACAAAUCUGGUUCGAGUGGGCCCUCUCCCCCUUUUAAUACAUCCUCUGCCGUGAACAAAUAACUGACUCAACAAGCGAACACAUGCACCUGUGGUUAUUAGAGGAUCAGUAAUAAUGUGUUUAUAACACACAUAACCUUUUCUCAUCACACUGUAAUUACUGAAACUUUCACUAUGAAGAAUACCACAGAUUUUAGGUUUCACUACCUGGGGCAUAAGAUGAAGGUGGAAAUUGGAUUACUGUAUUACUGACAACAUAAUAAGACUUCACUGGAAUCAUAUGUGUUUGCAGAAUGUAUAUAAAUUGGUGUUUACUCAGUAUCCUCAGUAUUAGUUUACACUGUCACACUGACAGACCGGACUUGGGUUGGACAGGGUUGAAUGUUAAAUAAUAACUGGGUUAUUCUUUUUUCUAAUGCUGCCAAAGGCUUAUUUGCAUCUACUUUUACUACUCCACAGCUGAUGUAUUUUCUCUCUCUCACCUUCUUUUCUCUUUUAGAUACAUCCUAGUAGUUGACAUGUAUCUCGCAUAUAUUUUUUUGAACAUUUUUAACAGCGACAGAGGAGCAGAGGAUGGCAGAGGAGCAUCAAUACCAGCAGAGCAGAGAGGUGAGAGGAGGAGGAAAACUGCGAAGCUCAGCCACUUCCGCACCAUGUGAGCUACUGUGACUGAAGCUCAUUUUCUCCUGGUUGGACACCGCAUCCUCCUGGAAGCCGAAGCCGAGCACAGCCGAGGCUUCCAUCCGACAUCACCGGGAGAGAGAGAGAGGCCAGAAGCCGCAGAGGAGGCAUCAGCGGCUCGACGCUCACAGACGCUGACAGUCUCCGACUGAGAGCGCAGACCACCUAGGACAUGACUGUAGACGUGGCGGUGUCUCUGUUGGUGCUCGCGGGGAUCGUCGGGCUGAGUGACGUGACCCGCAGGUUGUUGACCAGGACCCUCGCGGGCACCGGGCUCUCUGUUUACGCGGUAGAGCUCGUGUCCACCUUCCAGUUGUGCUGCUGCACGCACGAGCUCAGGUUGCUGUCCGAGGUGGGCGGGAUCGACCCUCGACUCGCGCUCACUUUGACUUACCUGGCGUCCGUGGUGCACGGGCUCACCUUCAGCGGGGCCAUCUGCAACCCCUCCGGCGCGCUCGAGCACGCGUACCAAGCGAGGAUCUCGAGUGGGUGCGCCCUGCGGCGGAUCGCGUGCCAGUUCGCUGCGGCCGCCGCUUCGCGCACCGCAGUGCCGAUGAUCUGGGGUGUCGGGUUGUCCAGACUGCACGUGCGGCAUAAGCUGCUCGGUUACCGGUGCGUCAGCCCCAUUCACGCGCCGCUGCCCAAGGCCACCGCCGUGGAACUCGCGUGCGCCUUUGCGGUACAGACUGCCAUCACGCACACGCGAUCGGUGGAGGAGAAAUACCGCGUGCACGCCGUAGCUGCGGUCACCGCAACGGUGGUUUAUGCAGGUGGCAGUAUGACAGGAGCAGUGUUUAACCCUGCCUUGGCCUUCUCCACACAGUUCCCCUGCAGUGGGAACUCCUUCCUGGAGUACUGCCUGGUCUACUGGCUGGGCCCGCUGCUGGGCAUGAUGAGUUCAGUGCUGCUGUUUGAUAAAAUCGCCCCUCUGCUGUCAGGGAAGUCACCGUCUCUCCACCUCCCCCUGGAGACCAAGAAGAGGACCUGAGCGUCGCAGGGCGGCGUUUCACUCCGAGCACAUGUGGACGGACUGAGUGUGAACCUGCUGCUGGUUUCAGUCACCGCAAGUCUGAAAAAGAACAAAACUGAUAUGCACUUUUUACUUAAACCAGUAGGCUUUUUUUUGAUUGAUUAACUCAAUAGUGGAUGAUUUCACCUCAAGAGCACAUGUAGGAAGAUAAAGACACUAAUUUUAGUGUUUGUUUUUUUCUAAACAGGUCAGUCAGAAAUAGAUAAAGAAAUAAAGUGUUUACUUAACAGCUGCAAAAUGAGUUUUUACGAUAGAGGUGGUUGGUGGUUGAUCCUCACCUGAGAGCCAGUAUCACCACGGGAAUAUCAACAACUCUUUACAGUCCUGACUGGAUCCUCACAGCUGCUUUAAACACACUGACAUUUAAUUUCCUGUUAUGUUGGUCAUUUCAGAACCUGCGUACAAGUAUUGUAGUUGCAGUACUAUAUUGAGCCAAGUAAUAUUUUUGUGUAAUAUAAACCUUUAUUUAAACUAAUCCAUUAAUGAAUUAACUGGAAAAUGAAUCAUGGAAAGUUCAUGUAUGAUAAUAAUAAAACUUUGAGUAGCACUUUACUUAACUAAGUUACAAAGUGCUUUGUAUAUAAUUCAUCUUUAUACUUAACAUGAAGCACAGUGCAGUGUAGGUACAUACGUCAGUUCGUUUUUCACAGAUGUAAUUGGUACCUUUUAUCCUCUGUAAAAUCCUCUGAUUAAAACUGUUGAAUAAUUAAUUAACUAA